GCUCGAUUACCUCUCCCUGUGUGUUGGAUCGACUUUAUCUGUGUUGAUUACACUCCCCGGGCCUAGGUAGGGCCUAUCCUUUGGUGGGAGUUUAGUGCACGUUUUCUUACGAUCUCUCAUCCGUUUUCAGUCCGUUUUGAUUAUAUUUCUGUGUAAACCAUGGCGGACGACGAAUUGGAGGCAAUUAGGAGACAAAGAAUGGCGGAACUGCAGGCAAAGCACGGGGAUGCCUCAAAUAAUCAGCAAGGAGAGGAGGCCAAACAAAGAGAAACGGAAAUGAGGAACACUAUAUUGGCUCAAGUUCUAGACCAGUCUGCUCGUGCCAGAUUGAGCAAUCUUGCUUUGGUGAAACCAGAGAAGGCCAAUGCAGUUGAAAAUUAUCUCAUUCAAAUGGCUCGUUUUGGGAAGUUGGGAGGAAAGAUUUCAGAAUCAGGCUUGAUCGAGAUCCUAGAAAAAGUCAGUCAGCAAACAGAGAAAAAGAUGACUGUCAAAUUCAACAGACAGAGGGUGAUGGACUCCGAAGAUGAGGAUGAUUACUAACAUUAAACGAGCCCUGGAAUGAGACAAGAAAUUGGGAGAGCAGAUGCUUUACUGGGACUCUAGAUAGCAUCUUUGACCAGCCUUUUGCUGUUGCCCCGGGAUGCCAUACUAGCUUCUGUGUGUCUGUGGAUACUACAGACCAAGAGAGAAAAAUAAGUUGACAUUGUGGCAUAAGUAGUGUAUGCACACACUGUCAAUUAAGUGUCUUUUUUUGUGAUCUCUUUUCAAUGAAAUUGUCAUAAAUUUGCUCUGCGUGUGUUGUACCCUGAGAGCUCAUGGCUCUGUUUGACUCCUCCAGUCCUUGGUAGUUACUCUGUUUAUUUUUCUUUUGUUUCAUCAUGGUUGACUUCUUUUCUUCAAAUAUAAGAAGCUAGAUAAAAUGCAAAACAUACUGCUGCUGAUGCAUUUUGUUCUGUGAAGACAAUACAUUGUCCUCUAUUCAGGGCCAGAGUCCUUUGAACUUUGCAGUUGAAUAUUUUCAUUUCUCUCACAUGUAUCUUAAAAGGUUUACAUAAAAAUUAAAAAAGCCUUAAAUCCA